AUGACAACAGCCGGUAAGUAUAAUGCUUUCUGUGGAGUAACAACAGCCGGUAUGAACUACCAUGGCUUUGGCUACAUUGUGGACUCCUGUCCUGUAAAUGAGACGGAACAGAGAGCAGCUGCUAGGAGACUGAACUGUGGUGUGGAUCAAUAUAGAAACAGUCAGUAUGUCUGUGCUCCGAAUGCGCAACGGACGGCUAUUGUUGAAUAUUGCUACAGUGGCACUGUGGGACUUCAAAAUCCAGGCACCUGUUUGAAAGUAUACAAUGAUGGAAGUUAUGACGCAGUUAGCUGUACCAACUUUAAGAAGGGCUGUACAACGGAUUACUUCAAUAGUGCUAAUCUGUAUAAAUAUCCAGCCUGUCAUCAAAUUAAUACCCAAGAUCGAUGCUAUUAUGAAGAUCCAACCUGUCCAAAUAUGGAGACAACGACUUUCUCGAAUGAGACGUUCACUUCAACACCCAGAAAUCUAUCGAAUAUCACAGACACAACCUUUAAUUCUACCAUGAACACAGCCAUUCAGUCUGAUGACAAUGUCCUGAAGACAAUACUAACAGGCAGUUUUGCUGGAGUCCUCGUUCUUGUUCUUGCAAUCUUUCUAUUUUGGAUAGUCCGUUUGAGGCAAAGGAACAGAGCUAGAAAAGAUGGACAAAGCGAAGAAGAAAUUUCAAAUGAACUUGAAAGGUUUAUCAAUGCAGAUACGGACAUACGACGCAGCACUUCACCGAUAGGAAUAGCACCUCAAUUAAGGAAUUACCGUAUGUGGGGAAAACAUUUAUCAGAAAUAGAACCUGGAUUUGGGGAUUACAGUCUAUUGAAAAAACCAUCAUCAGUAAUGUCAUAUGAACCUGAAAGGUUUAUCAAUGCAGAUACGGACUCACGAAGCAGCACCUUAACGAUAGAUUACAGUGUAUGGAAAACACCCCUUUCAGAAUUAGAGCUUAUACUUGGUGACUACAGUGUAUGGAAAACACCCCUUUCAGACCAGUUCUCCUCCCUGUCUGAUGACGAGGUGUACGUGUUAUUCUGUUUUCUGUGUUCUGACUCCGGUACCCCCGACUUUACUGAUGCAGACGGGCUGGACUUUCUUAAUGAGAUACGACGUAUGAUGUAUGGUAAGAAGAACAGUGUAACAAGUGAGGAGGCACAACGGACUCUGGACGGACUGAAGUCACGUGGAUUUCUUUGGGAUCAGGACGGAGUAGACAUCACUGAGGACGCCAAGGACGAGACCAUGUACCGUGUUACAGAAAGUGGUAUAGAACGUAGUGUUCCAGUGCUCACCGUGCAUAGUUUAUCCAGUUAUACUACAGCAGUGAGGUAUCUGAGAUCACAGAGAUACACCAGGAAGUCUGGAGAGAAAUGUGUCAUUACUGACGGCUCGUUAUGUGAUUCCUUACUCAUACACCGUCUACAGAUGAACAUACUGACCCACGUCACCAUGGAGGACACAAGUAUCUGUGAUGAAGUGUCACGUUACUUACAUGUUCCAACAACCAUAUUACAAGACAUGACGUUUGAUCAACGACAGGAGUUUAUAAGGGACCUGGAACAUAGUGGGGAGUGUGUGCACUGCAGAGGCGGAUCACAGGGCAGUGUACAACACGUCAAGUGGCUCUGGAGAUACGCGAGACCUGACAUCGUGAGAUCAUGUAUAGGUCUCCACCCACACUGGGAUAUUUACAUAAUCAACAACACAGCUUACAGAAAGCAGAGUAAAUAUCACGAGUAUCCAGAUAAUGUCAGAAGUCGUCUGUACUGUCUUCUGUUAGCUGAGGAACAGACCGUAAAUACCAAGGGCCACAAACAACAAGAUGUUCUAAGGAAAAUCAGAGAGAGGUAUUUUACAGAGCUUGCAUUGUCUGAUGACGUCCAUAUGAGGAAUCUUCCAGAUGAUAUCAUUCAGACACAGGACGAGAUCAUCACAUUUAAAUCAGACGACAUCCGACAUGACGUCAUGUACGCGUUCGUUACGGAGUGUCUGGUGGAGGACAGUGAUCUGAAGUUUUUCCUGACCACGGCGUCACGUGACGUGAUAUCAGAAUACUGCAGGUCGUGGGAUUAUAAGAGGGGUGAGGGAGAGAGAUGUCUGUAUAUACCGAGGAAACCGGUUGAGAUGUACGAGCUGUUCAUAGACAGACUACAGCUGGACAUCCUCACACACUGUACCGUGUCAGACCGCCUCAUUCAUGACAGUAUCAGUGAACGUUUGGAAGUACCUCUAGAAAUAUUGCUCUGGGACCAAGAGGCCAGAGAGCGGUACGUGGAGUACGCCAAGAGAGGAACACAGACCGUCCACCACGCCAGGGGGAUGAUCGUAGGAUGUGCCGGGGCCGGCAAGACCACGCUACUGAAACGGCUGCUCAGGUGUAGUGACGCAGAGAUACGGGAUGUGACAUCAACGGAAGGACUGGAGGUCCACGAGGAGAUAUUCCAAAUAUGUGAAGAAACGAAAACAUUGAAAGUUAGGUCAAAAGAUAUCGGUGGCAAAAAGAACAGCAAUGGGACUGAUGAAAAGACGGUAACUUUCUUUGACUUUGGAGGGCAGUGUGCGUAUUACGCCUGUCAUCAGAUUUACCUGACCAGAAGAGCUUUCUACAUGGUGGUAGUGGACGCCUCUAAACGUCUGGACCAGGUGGUGGAUAAGGAAGUGUGUGACCAGGCGGACACCGUUUUUGCUGGAUGGACAUACGGAGAAUAUUUCAUAUUCUGGCUGAAAUCUGUCCAUACUUAUUGUUCCACAAGAGAUGGACAGAAGGUGGAGAUCAUCAUCGUGGCCUCUCACUGGGAAAAUACAGUGUACAAGGACAAGGCCAAUUUCCUGGAUUGCCUACUAGAUGUAGUACCAGCUCAAUCUGAUCUUGCACAGUAUAUCAGAGAAGACCGGUGUUUUCUGAUACAGUUUCCACCAAGUCAGUCAAUCGAUGAACUGGAGAGAUGCAUUAUCGACAUUACAACUCAACCAAGAUGGAGCGAGAAGAUACCGCACGAGUGGGUUUUUUUGAACAGCGAGAUCAAUGAGAAGAAAAUGGAAAGAAUUGUACCUAUCUCGGACAUUCAUCGUAGACUGCCUGUUAAAGGAAAAGAGAAGGUCCAGAGUGCAGCUGAUAUGUUGCGUUACUAUCAUGAUGCUGGACGGGCUCUUUUCUUUAAUGAAGAAGGACUUAAAGAUUCAGUCAUUAUUGAUGUCCAGUGGUUUGUGAAUGCAUUUAAAACAAUCAUCACAGACCGGCUGCACGUAAGCGGAUACAAUGCUAGUCGCCAGGACUGGAUUGAGUACUACAACACAGGGAACUUGAAAGAUUCACUUCUGGUUGAUAUAUGGGAGCUGGAAGAGAAGAAUAUCAACACUCAAAAUAAGAAAGCUGACAGCGAACAUUGUAGGGGUCUGCUGCAUCAUAAAGGUUCCAUGUUGAAAUAUAUGGAACGACUCGGGUUAUUGGCUGUUGGACACGACCUUCAUUAUAUCCCUUGCAUGAACAAAAGGAAAUUUGAAGAAACCCAGAAAAAGGUCAUCCAAGAUACAACAUCGAAAACAUCAGUGUUAGUGUACGUCUUUGACUUUUUGCCCUACUUCCUUUUUUAUCGAAUUGUUGUGGCUUGUAUGCAGAUCAGAAAAUGGAGAGUCCUCAAGAAUAAUGAUAUCAAAUGUCUGUACAAGAACGCUGCCAUGUUUAAGCGUAAAGAUCACUAUGUCGUAAUACUUGUUACAUCUACUUCAAUCCAGCUUCAAAUAAUACGAAAGGGAGACAUGCUCAUUAAACACAUUACAGUUGCGAUCAGAAAGAGAAUUGACCAGCUAUUGAAAGAUGUCACCGACACAUUUCACAAACACCUGUCUUUCAAAAUAGGCUACGCGUGCAUGGAAGAACAGGAUCAGAUUAUCGGACUGGAGAUAGAGGGGAGGUUUUUAGAGGAAAGUAAACUGGGGUCAGGGAAGAAAGUGAAAUGUCCUCAUCACGAAAUGGAAGACUACCAUACAGUUAAUGCUGACUAUUUGAAAAGGUUCUGGAAGUAAACAACAAUCGGUUUAUAUUUGUACGCCCAUCAUCAGACUCGCAAGCUUCCUUUCGGAGGAAUACAAGUUUAAUUUGCGUUUUAACUAGAUUGAUUCAUCGGAACCUACUUAAGUGUUAAGAGUAGGUCAAAAGUUUCCUGGACUUUUUCUCAUCAUGAAUAAAGAUAUUGCGCUGACAAUUUGUCACAACUUUCCUCACAGAGAAACACAUAAUCAGUUCACAUGCCAGCUAAACUGAUGUGAUACUAUUCACACUGAUUCGUUACUUUUCAUUUCCAACGUAGGACACGUGAAAGUAAAUAAACACAUUUGGGGUAUGUUAAACUUCCUAAAUUGACGCUAUGUCUUUAUUUGAUAUACUUGUACAUAUGUUGCCACUUACGUGCUGUUCACUAAAUGUUUAAUAUUGUUAUGUUUCUAUUCUUAUUUUACCUGUUGUAAACACAUUUUGUAAGCUGCUAUAUUUUCAUUUUGUAUUUUCAUUAUAAUAAUGGCGUAAUGUAUAAUAACUUAUUUCUGUUGUACUUCUCUGGUCCGACAAAAUAUUCUUUCAAUCGAUUACGUUUUGUUGGAUAAAAAUAAGACUUAAUUUUUGUAAGGUAUUUGAUAUAUCAUCGAAUUAUCAAAUUUAUGUUAUUUUAAUAUGUUUACCUAUUUAUAGUUAAUGAAACUAUUUCUUCGUUGAUUUUCAUAGGGCUGUUUACCUGUAGAUUUAGAACGGAUGUCAUUGGAUUGUAACGGACUAUUGGGUGGCGGGACUGCGUCAAAUAGUGCGAAUCCUUUCUUUCAUACUUUCGAACUAAUGGCUCCGUAGAAUAAUGCGUUAUAUUUUCAUAUAUCUUGUAUAUAUAUGCUACAUGUACAUGUCAUUCAGAUGUGCAUUUCUAUUUUCUCUUUAGCGAACAUGUAUAUGUGAUUUAGUUAAUAAAUAGGAAACAAAGUGU